CUCCAGUUUUCCACUGGAAGAGGUUGCCUAUAAUUAGGCACGUUCGUCCCUCAAGGAGUAGGCAUCACUGAUUGUAUUCUUCUAAUCUCUAUGCUGCUCAAGCCUCAGGAGCUCCUUCCCUCGAUAACACCAAUGUGGAAGAGGAAAAUGGUAGGAUUAGGAGAGGGAAGAGGAGGGAUGGGGUUGGUCAAGAUUUUACUCUUUCUUCUGGCAUCCACAUCAAUGGGUUCAAUAAGAACAGAAAGCAGAUCAACAAACACAACUUUUCUCUGCCCAAAAAAUUGUGGGAAUAUCAGCUUCGAGUAUCCUUUCGGCAUCGGCGAUGGUUGUUUUCGGCCGGGCUUUAAUCUUACCUGCAGAAACCAUUCCACCAGCGCUCCCGGGCUUUUCCUGGGUGAUGGCACCAUCGAGGUAACGAGAAUUGACAUGAACCAGGGGUUUGUCUAUAUCAAACCACCAACUGUCGUCAUGGAUGUCGACGAUAAGUUUAAACGCGCCUCACUGAUUGAUCUGGAGAAUUGGCCUUACUCUUUUGAGUUAAUGGAACAGAUGACACGUACUUCUUAUCAAGGAAUAUCUACCGAAGUUUACGUUCUGGGUUGUAGCGCUAUGGCCAAGCAAGUGGAUCGUACCACCAAUAAAACCAUUAGCGCUUGCUUUAGUAUCUGCGCUGCCGGUGUUCCGAGUCAAUAUUCAGAGUGGUCCGACAUUAACAAUGGAUAUUGCACAAUGAAUCUAUGGUCUAAGAAUUCGACUGCCUUAGAGAUUCAGCUAACUCGAAUCGACCAAACCGAGUUACACUUGGUGAAUACCACCAGCAUCAAGGUCAUCAUAUUCAAUGGUGGUGAUCUCGAAGGAGUAUUAAACGGAAGUAGAACGAAUGUGGAGGCCACCUUGGCGUGGUACAUGAAUGAUCACCUCUCAUGCGAAGAGGCCAAGAAUACGGAUACAUACGCUUGCGUCAGUCAAAAUAGUCUUUGUCAUAAUAUCUUUCUUGAUACGGCCUACCUUAAUAAGAGCAGUGGAUAUUUAUGUCGUUGUUCCGCAAGUUAUCAAGGCAAUCCCUAUGUACCUAGUGGCUGUCAAGAUAAAUCUUUGACACCUGCUGCUGCUGCUGCUGCAGACGGCUGUGUUACUAAAUGCGGGAGUAUUGACGUCUUCUUCCCAUUUGGGCUGGAGAAGGGCUGCUACUGGGACGACUCAUUCGCUCUGACAUGCAAUACCACAUCCAAUCCUCCCACUCUCCUUUUCGAAGACCAUUACACAGUGACUAAAAUAUCGCUGGAGGAAGGCCAAUUGGAACUCGAGGAAAAGCACGGUUCCAUCUACAUGGAAAAUAGUAGAACUGGAACUUUCGUCUUUUUUAAAGGGCAGGCCAUCCUUAGUUGGGUGAUCGAGUCGCAGCGUUGCGAGGAUGCUAAGAAGAACAAGACCACCUUCGCAUGCGUCGACCAACAUAGCUCAUGUCUGAACACAACAAUCACUAACGACGAUGACGAGUUGCAGGGAUACCGUUGCAAAUGCCCGCAAGGUUACCAAGGAAAUCCUUACGUGCAUAACGGAUGCACAGAUAAAUCUUUUACACCUGCUGCUGCUGCUGCAAACGACUGUCUUACUAAAUGCGGGAGUAUUGACGUCUUUUUUCCAUUUGGGACGGAGAAGGGCUGUUAUUGGGACGACUCAUUUGCUCUGACGUGCAAUGCCAGAUCCAAGCCUCCCACUCUCCUUUAUCAAGAUGAAUACACAGUGACUAAUAUAUCGCUGGAAGAAGGCAAAUUGGAACUCGAGACAAAAGACUUUUCCUUAGACGCCAUAAAUAGAUCUAAAUCUUUCAUCGUUCUUCAACAGCAGGCCAUCCUUAGUUGGGUGAUCGAGUUGCAGCUUUGCGAGGAUGCUAUGACGAACAUUACCACCUUCGCAUGUGGCCACGCUCACAGCUCAUGUAUCGACACAACAAUUACUAACGACGAUGGCAAGUUUGUGGGAUACCGUUGCAAAUGCUCGGAAGGUUACCAAGGAAAUCCUUACAUGCCUAAUGGAUGCACAGACAUCAAUGAGUGCAGCUCUCCCGAGAAAUAUCUUUGCUAUGGGAUUUGUACUAAUACGGAUGGCGGAUAUACUUGCACUUGCGCGGCGGGCACAAUUGGUGAUCCAAGACGCGCACCCUGCAUUCCUAACAACAAAACGCAUACUCUUCUGUUAGGUGUCAUCAUUGGUGUAAGCAACGGCAUAGGCCUACUACUCUUAUGUUCGACUCUCCUCAUUUUGAGAAGGAAAUGGAAAAAAAGAAAACAAAAGAAAACUAGAGAAAAAUACUUCCAUCAAAACCAUGGUUUACUGUUACAACAGUUAAUCUCAACUAGUGAAGAUUUUAGUGAGAGAACAAAGAUAUUUUCUCUGGAAGAGAUGGAGAAAGCAACUAAUAAUUUUGAUGAGACUCGAGUGCUCGGCCGCGGCGGACAUGGAACGGUUUACAAAGGAAUUUUGUCGGAUCAGCGUGUGGUCGCCAUCAAAAAAUCUAAAAAUGUGAAACAAAGUGAGAUAGACCAGUUCAUCAAUGAGGUUGCAGUUCUUUCUCAGAUUAAUCACAGGAAUAUUGUUAAGCUUUUUGGGUGUUGCUUGGAAACUGAAGUUCCCUUGUUGAUUUAUGAGUUUAUCUCGAAUGGGACUCUUUUAGAUCAUCUCCAUAUUCCAGAAGGUAACUCUAUAUUAUCAUGGGAUGAUCGCCUGAGGAUUGCUGUUGAGGUUGCCGGAGCGCUCGCUUAUUUACACUCGGCUGCUUCAAUUUCGAUAUUUCACAGAGAUGUCAAAUCAUCAAAUGUUCUCUUAGAUGAUCAUUUAACGGCUAAAAUAUCAGAUUUUGGAUCUUCAAGACUUAUUCCACUCGACCAAACUCACUUGAUCACUGGUGUACAAGGCACCUUUGGAUACCUUGACCCGGAGUACUAUCAGACCAGUCAGUUGACAGAGAAGAGCGAUGUUUAUAGCUUCGGAGUCAUUCUUCUAGAACUUUUAACAGGUAAAAAGCCAAUUUUCUCCAUCGAAUAUGAACACAGACUGAAUCUAUCGAUGCAUUUUCUUCAAACGGUGAGAGCGAAUCGCCCCUUUGAUCUUAUAGAUGAUCUUGUUAUGAGAGAAGCGACCGAAGAAGAGCUCAUCGACAUGAUUGGAUUGGUAGAAAUGUGUUUAAGAUUGAAAGGGGUUAAACGGCCUACGAUGAAAGAGGUGGAGGAUAAAUUACAGAACUUGAGAAGGAUCAGACUGAAAAAAACAGGACAUUGUUUGGUUAAAGGUGACGAAGAAACAGAGCAUCCGCUGAGAGACUCGCCUUAUGGCUUCUCUGAAGUCGUCGACCAAGCAAAUCAAGGUACAUCCAGGAAUUAUACCUUAGAGAAAGAAUUUAUGUGGUCGCAUCAUUACCCACGGUGAGUUUGUAUUCGACGUCCAAAUCUUUAUUGGCUGCUUGAAUGAUACUGAAUAAGCUUCCUUCUGCUUGAGGAUCGUAUGUAAUGGUUAUAUGGGUAAUGUUAUGUUUCAAACUUGUUGCUAAAACAGUUUCUGACUCUACUUAUAUUGUAAUGUUCAGAGAACUACCCUUUUAUAUGAUCAAAUCACGUGUAUACAACACGUUUCUUCUCU